AUGUCCUGGCAAGCCUAUGUUGACUCGAGCCUUGUUGGCACCGGCCAUAUCGAUAAGGCCGCCAUCAUCAGCGCCGCUGGUGACAGCACCUGGGCUGCGACUCCCGGCUUCACGCUGAGCGCCGAUGAGAUGAAGUUCAUCUCCGCCGUCCUCGGUGAUAAUGGCAAGGGCCCCAACGUUGACAAGGUUUUCGCCGAGGGUCUCCACGUUGCCGGUCAGCGCUACGUUGCCUUCAACAUCGAGGGUCGUCACGUCUACGGUCGCCAGGGCAAGACUGGCGUCAUCAUCGUCAAGACAACACAGGCCAUCCUCGUCGCCCACUACGGCGAGAACGCUGUCGCCGGCAACUCGACACAGACCGUCGAGGCGCUCGCCGAUUACCUCGUCAAGGCCGGAUACUAA